AUAGAGUCAAUCUCAUUUGUCACACGUGGGACCUAUAUUGCCUGUAGAUGUGUAAUUUUUUUACAGUUCCUUUCUUCAUUUGUUCAUUUUUUCUACACAAAUAAUCGUUUUGUGCUUAUAAAUAAUCUUCAAUACAUUAUUAAUUUUAUGGUUAACAAAAUAAAUUUUAAAAAUGGAGUAUAUUUUGCCAGAAAAUAUUGCUUCAAACAGUACACGAAUUUUAUGCUGUCAGUGUGCAGUGCCUAUUGAAGCAAACCCCUCCAACAUGUGUGUUGCAUGUUUACGUGCUCAUGUGGAUAUUACAGAUGGUAUUCCUAAGCAAGCCACACUUUUCUUUUGUAGAGGUUGUGAACGGUAUUUACAGCCUCCCGCAGAGUGGAUAGUGUGUGCCUUGGAGUCUAGAGAACUUCUUGCUCUAUGCCUUAAAAGAUUGAAAGGUUUGAAUAGGGUUAAGUUGAUUGAUGCUGGAUUUGCAUGGACAGAACCCCAUUCAAAGAGAAUUAAGGUCAAACUAACAGUACAAGGUGAGGUCAUGGGUGGAACAGUACUUCAACAAACUUUUAUUGUAGAAUUCACUAUCCAACACCAAAUGUGUGAUGCAUGUCACCGCUCAGAGGCUCAGGAUUACUGGAAAGCUUUAGUGCAAAUUAGACAGCGAGCAAACAACAGGAAAACUUUUUAUUAUUUAGAACAGCUGAUUUUGAAACACAAGGCACACGAGAAUACUCUUGGUAUUAAGCCAAAACAUGAUGGAUUGGACUUUUUUUAUGCUACAGAAAGUCAUGCCCGUAAAAUGGUUGAUUUUGUGCAAUCAGUGUUACCAAUAAAAUGCCAACAUUCUAAGAAACUUAUAUCCCAUGACAUUCAUAGUAAUAUUUACAAUUAUAAAUUUACAUUCAGCAUUGAAAUUGUUCCAUUAUCUAAGGACAGCAUUGUGUGUCUUCCAAAGAAGUUGACACAUCAACUUGGAUCCAUAUCACCCAUAUGUUUGGUGAAUAGAGUGACUAGCACUAUUCACCUCAUUGAUGCAAAUACUGGACAAGUAUGUGAUUUAUCAGCCACAGUAUACUGGCGCUAUCCAUUCACCCCUAUAUGUAAUCCAAAGCAAUUAGUGGAAUACAUAGUAAUGGAUAUAGACAUAUUAAAAGAACAUGAAAAGAAAUCAUUUCCUGGUCAAGGGAAUGUGUCAAGUAAACAUGUAGUAGCUGAUGUCUGGGUUGUUAGAGCCAAUGAUCUAGGAUUGGAUGUUAAUCCUAUCCAUACAAAAACUCAUCUUGGUCAUAUAUUGAAACCAGGAGAUACAGUGCUGGGAUACAACCUCGGAAAUUCAAACGUGAAUGACGUUAAUUUUGAUAAGUUAGAUCGUAGUGUGGUUCCUGAUGUGUUCUUAGUGAAGAAACACUAUGGGGAGAGAUCGGCGAGACGGCGAGCACGUAACUGGAAACUCAAGCAUAUGGCUGAAGAGUUGCAUGAAGGACUUAGUUCUUCUAAUGAUGACUAUAACGAGUUUCUGGACGAUUUGGAGGAAGAUCCUACAUUUAGGCAAAAUAUAAAUAUAUUUAAAGAUGAAAAUAAGAUUGCUGUGGACACUGAUGAAAUCGAUCCUACAUUACCUCGCAUUACUCUUGCGGAAAUGUUAGAUGAUUUGACUAUAGAAGAUGUUGAAAUGAGUGAAGUGUAAUAUAUGUACGAUAUAUUAAAUGUAAUAUUAUAAAAAAAAAUAUUUUUCAUUCAUUUUUAUAUUUACAUACCUAUAUUUAUUGUUAUCAUCAGUUUAUUUUUAUUCAAUAAAUAGUUUUCAAUAUA